AUGGCAGCUUCUGCCCAGAUAAUCGCAGCACUCGUGGCGGUGGCCCUGCGGCUUGCUGUACUGGGAACGGUCGCGGAGCAACGGCAGCCGCCAAACAUCGUCUUCAUUUUCGCCGACGACCUGGGCUGGGCCGACGUCAGCUUCCACGGCUGCGCCCAAAUACCAACGCCCAACAUGGACGCCAUGGCCGCCGACGGCGUGGUGCUCAACAACUACUACGUCCAGCCAGUGUGCACUCCGUCCAGGGCGGCACUCAUGACGGGACUCUAUCCCAUACACACCGGGAUGCAGAGCUUGGUGAUACAAGUGGGCGAAGCUUGGGGCCUGCCGCUCGGGUUCAAGCUGAUGCCGCAGCACUUCAAGGACCUCGGCUACGCCACUCACAUGGUCGGCAAGUGGCACCUGGGCUAUCUCCAAGACGAGUACACACCCACGUACAGAGGCUUCGACACCUUCUACGGCUACUACAACGGCGAAGAGGACUACUACAACCACACCCUCAGAGAAGGCGAGCACUUUGGUUUGGACUUCUGGGAAGGCGUCAGCAGUGCAAACAACGAGAGCGGUCACUAUUCCACGACGCUGUUCACCGACAAGGCGGUUGAUCUGAUCAAGAGCCACAACGCAUCCCAGCCCUUCUUUCUGUACCUGAGCCACCAGGCGCCGCACGGAGGCGUCGAAGUCCCGCUGGCGGCGCCCAAGGAGAACAUCGAUAAGUUCGCGUACAUCGGAGAGGAGAACCGCACCGUGUACGCUGCCAUGGUGGACGCGCUGGACGAGUCCGUGGGCGCCGUGGUCGAGGCCCUGCAGGAGGCGAGCAUGCUGGACAACUCGGUGCUGGUGUUCAGCAGCGACAACGGCGGCGCCCCGUGGGGGACGCACGCCAGCCGCGGCUGCAACUGGCCCCUGCGCGGUUCCAAGGGCAGCCUGUGGGAGGGCGCCUCCCGGGCCGCCGCCUUCCUCUGGUCGCCGCUCCUCGCCGCCCGCGGCCGGGUGUCGCAGCAGCUGAUGCACGUCGCCGACUGGCUGCCCACGCUCUACUCGGCCGCCGGCGGUGAUCCAACCAGCCUGGAGCAUCUGGACGGCAUCGACAUGUGGCGCCACCUGUCGGAGGACAUUCCCUCUCCACGCAGCGACAUCUUGUACAACAUCGACCCCGUGAGCAACACGGCUGCGCUGCGACACGGUGACCACAAGCUCGUGCUGGGAACGGCUUCCGGUGGCAGGUACGACGAACGCACUCCGAUUCCCGGCAGUCCGAGGCCCGACGAAGACCUGGACGAACUGGCGUCGCGCUCCAAGGCCGCCGGUGCCCUGCGCCUGCUCUACAACAACGCCAGCCGCACCGGAACGACCACCGCCCAGUGGCGCCAGGAGGCUGCGUUACAGUGCGACGACACGAGCGAAUCUUCCAACUUCGUGAGCGGCGCGCCGCCUUACCUGUUCGACUUGAGCAAGGACCCUUGUGAACUGCACAACCUCGCAGAUACCGAGGCUGAGCUGCUGGCGUCGAUGAAGCGAAAGCUGGAAGAGUACGAAGCAACGGCCAUGGCGCCGAGGCUGAGACCGGUCGACCCGAACGCCUUCCCCGAAUUGCACAGCGGCGUGUGGGCUCCCUGGCAAUAACGGCGCUACAUAUAACGGCGCAGACGUCUACCCUAUAUAUACGUUCUCGUCUAGGGUGGUUGUGCCGCCUUCUCCGUCCCGAGGAGUGCAGUCGCUUUGGUGGUGUUUGCAUUCAGUUGAAACCCCAGUGAUUUUACCUCAGGAUCCGCCGACGCGGUUCCUUCAGCUAAUUCAUUCAUUUCACGUCGGUGUCACCAACCUUUAAUCAUUCAACAAUUUGCAUCGCCGGAUAAAUCAGAGUCGCGAUGGUUGUCAACAUUCACGCUUUCAUUGCAAUCAAUCACUGAUCGAUCAACCAGUCAAUCGAUUCCGGAGGCAGAAUAUAAUAAAUACGCUGUAUGACAGAGGACGUCCCAUAUGGCAUUGGUAUGAAAUCCAGGCGCUUCAUACCAAGCCUUACGAGCUGACAUUGAUGUGUUUCUGCGUUAUGUUGCUACAGAUCGGUACCCAAUGCGUAAAGCUGUGACUGUAACAGUUCCUUCGCGGCAUCACAUAUUUGCAGCGGCUGACUAACGCAAUCGGAAAAGACAACGCCUUUUUCUGGAUGUAUACCUGCUUGCCUGCCACUCUGUCAGCUACAGUUCGGCAAGAACAUGACUGUAACUAGCAAAUUUACAACAACGACGACGACGACGACGAAAAAAUAAUAAAGUAAUCGCAAACCAAAUCGAAAGGCUAUACGCAUUCGUAUAGGACAUGGCUAUAUAACAUGCCGGGGUGCUCCCAACGCGUACGCGGUCGUUAUGUAAAACACACGAAAGCGACUGUACUCCCUCCGUCUGUGUCCCGUGCUCGUCGCCAGUCGUCGAAAGAUUAACUAUAGUAUUACCUUCCUGUGUGAAAUCCUCGCUGCCAUCGCAGCCCGUAUGCCUUUAGUCCAGUGUACGAUUGCAUCAGGUGGUGGAUGUGCUUUCUUGAGUAUUAAACGCAUACAUUUUCCUCUAC